CGCGCGCUCUGGCUCUAGCUCUGGGCGCGCGCGCAGGCGGGCUCCUCGCCAGCCGGCUUUGUGGUUUUCCGCUGCGCCUCUUCUCUGCCGCCGCCACCGCUGAUGCUCCUCUCUGAUAACUGAUUAUUUGCCCUCCACAACACAGAUCAUAUGAACAUAGAAGAGUUUGUUGAAGAAGAUGAAGAACCACCUUUGCUGCUCAGCUCUCGUCCUCCUUGCAAUGUUUGGCUGUGGAUCAGCGGCAGUGCUGUGCACGUGGGCAGAAGGAUGUGAGUGUCUGCAAUGCCCUGCAGGCCAGGAGCCUUCAAAGGCCUGUGAGAAGAUACAGACUCCGGCUGAAGAAGUGCAAUGUCAGCUGUGUCCAUCUGGGAGCUUCUCAGAUGCUCUGAACGCUGAGCUCUGUCGCCCGCACACGAUCUGCGAGAGCAUCGGCAGGAAGGUUGAGAUCUCUGGAACCGCUUCCUCUGAUGCUGUCUGUGGAGCCUGUCUGCCCGGGUUUCACUUCAUUGCCGCAGACCAGGCUUCUGCUCAAGGUCUCUGUCUGAAAGCUGAUUCCCACGUCAGGAUGGUCCGGACGGUGGGGAAAGGUCCGUCCAGCGCUGCCGGACUGGCCAACAGCACAGUGGUUCGCAGCGCGGAGGAGAAAACCACAGAGUACGCCGUUUUUGCGCUGGUGCCCGUCUUCUGCGUGAUGGGCUUGCUGGGAAUCCUCAUCUGCAACAUCCUGAAGAAGAAAGGAUACAACUGCACCGCAGAGAAGGAGGGAAGAGAUGUGGAGGCUGCCACACCGGAGAAGGAAGGUAACAGCUGCCCCCACAUGUCUGAUGAGAUGAAUGAAGACACCAUCAGCGUUCUGGUGCGCCUUAUAACCGAGAAGAAAGAAAAUGCUGCCGCGCUGGAGGAGCUGCUGCUGGAGUAUGAGAGCAAACAGAUGAGCAAGGGCUCCUCCAUCAGGUUCCCAAUGCUAUCUCCUUUGUCCACGCUGUGCUCCCUCCCCAAGCCUUGCCCCCAUCACUCCCACCUCCACACCAUCUCCGGCCUCUCCGGGCUGGCCCCCAAACACGGCUACCGCUGCUCCCGCUGUGCUCACAAAAAGUGGCCCGCCGUCCUUAUUCCCCCUCUGGAUACGCUGAAGGAGCCCCUGAAGACCCCCCAAACCCUCAACCUGCCCUCUUUGGACGCCCCCACUGACCAGCAGAAGACCCCCUUGCUAGGGGGAGUGUCUGCAGACACAAACCACGCCCCAGCUGUGCCAAAAGCUGUGCAGGACAAGGUGGAUGGGAGCCAAGCGAAUGAGAGGAAGGAGGCGGAGCCUACAGUGUUAUCUGUGGGGAGAUUCCAAGUGGCUCACAUCCCUGAGUAUAAACCCAUCACCAUGGAGAACAAGAGCUCCUCCCUGGAGUACAGGAACUCCCUGUUUGGGGGGAAACCGUUCUGCCCCUCAGCUGCAUCAUCAGCCUUCAGAAGAUGAAGAAACUCAGAAAAAGCUGGAUCUUGAUGAAGAAGAUGGCAUCGUAGGAUGACUGUCGGAAUGGAGCGUGAUAUUAAAUGUUUCACAGAGCUCCAAAGCUCACCCUGCUGGAAGCAUUUCUGGAGCUUUUUAAAAAAAUUUUUGCACCAGUUGGACACUGCUUUACAAGUCUGAGAGACAAGUUUCUUUACAAUCUUUGUAUAAGCAGACAUUCAGAUGUAGAAAAUAGUUGUAAAUUCUGCAUUAAACAAUAACAGAUGUGAUUAAUUUACGAUCAGAUGCUUUAAAAAGUAGUGGCUGAAGAGCAAAGCCCCCCAGCUUUGAUCAAACCAAACAUGGAGAUGAAGGGGGAAGACCUGGAUGUACUUUUAUCUGAAUGUCAUGCUUUGAGGUUAGUGAUUGAAAGCUCAACUUUAGCCGCACAGUAUUUCUGAUGAUUUCUAUCAUCCUCUCAGAGCUUUGUCUGUUUCUGUUUCUGAAAGUAAUCUGCACUGUGCAUGGAAAUUAUGGGGAAAAAGUCCAGGUUUUCAGGGCAGUAUCUACUAAUACUUCAGCAUUAUUCACCCGGCUCACCGUAACCGAUCUGCCACAACUUUCAUCUUCUUGAUCCAUCAGCAUUUAUAGGUUAAGCCAGCACCCACAUCUCAAAAAUUACAUUUAUUUAUGAUGAAAUGUAAGAUUUUAUAGAUGAACACAUGUAAAUUCUUGUAAAUAUGUAAAUAUAUAUGUACAUAAGACAACACUUCCUUCUUUAUUUCACAAUUUUUUAAUGGACAAAAUGGACGGUGCCCUGCACCACGGGAGGGUAUGACAACUCAAACACAUUCACUAAACCACCUGACAUUUCAUUUUAACGACACGCUGAACAAAUUAACGCACAAAGAUGUACAAUCUUCAUAAAUAUUAAAUAGUGCUAAAGUUGGAUGCACAUUUAUUCACAUCCAUCAAUAUUUAAAGCCUUUACAAUAUUUAUACUUUUUAUAAACUUAUUUCUGAUCAUCCUGUGAAAAGGAACAGCAGGUCCAUCGGUCAGGACAUUUACAGGUUCAAGUUACAUAUUUUCAUUUAAUCUAGUCAUAGAUUAGACUGUAGUUACCAUUAAAUGCUUAUUUUAUUGCAUUUGUAGGAGUUGUAUAUAUCAUACUAUGUUUGAAGUUUAUACUCUGGAAAUAAAAACAAGAAUAUUUAAAAUA